AUGAAUGUGACCACUCCGGAAGUUGCUUUUAGGGAAUAUCAAACCAACUGUCUCGCAUCGUAUAUUUCUGCUGAUCCAGACAUAACUCCUUCAAAUUUAAUCUUGCAAGGUUAUAGUGGAACAGGAAAAACCUACACUUUGAAGAAGUAUUUUAAUGCGAAUCCAAAUUUGCAUGCAGUAUGGCUGGAACCUGUUGAGUUGGUUUCUUGGAAGCCCUUACUGCAGGCGAUAGCACGUACUGUACAAUAUAAAUUGAAAACCCUAUAUCCAAACAUUCCCACCACAGAUUACGAUCCUUUACAGGUUGAAGAGCCAUUUCUUUUGGUAAAGACGUUGCACAAUAUUUUUGUCCAAUAUGAAUCUUUGCAAGAAAAGACUUGCUUGUUCUUGAUAUUGGAUGGUUUCGAUAGUUUACAAGAUUUAGACGCCGCACUGUUUAACAAAUAUAUCAAACUAAAUGAAUUACUUCCAAAAGAUUCUAAAAUUAAUAUAAAAUUCAUUUACACGAUGUUAGAGACAUCAUUUUUGCAAAGAUAUUCUACACAUUGCAUUCCAACUGUUAUGUUUCCGAGGUAUAAUGUGGACGAAGUUUCUACUAUAUUAGUGAUGUCUAGAUGUGGCGAACUCAUGGAAGAUUCUUGUCUACGUAAGCGUAUCAUUGAAGAGCAGAUAACGGACUGUACAGACGAUCAAUUUCAAAAUGUAGCUGCGAACUUCAUUCACUUAAUUGUGCAGGCUUUUCAUUCUUAUACUGGAAACGACAUAUUCGCAUUGAAUGACUUGAUAGACUUCAAAUGGCCCAAGUAUGUAUCUCGCAUUACUAAGGAAAACAUAUUUGAACCACUGGCUCUUUACAAAAGUGCCAUCAAACUAUUUUUAAGCACAGAUGAUAAUUUAAGUGAAAAUGGACAAGGUGAAAGCGCGAUAACCACAAAUCGUGAUGACCUUGAGAACAGUCAAACUUACGACUUAUCAAUAAUUUCGAAGUAUCUGCUCAUAGCCUCAUAUAUUUGUUCAUAUCUGGAACCUAGAUACGAUGCGAGUAUUUUCUCUAGGAAAACACGUAUCAUACAAGGUAGAGCUGCUUAUGGACGAAGAAAGAAGAAAGAAGUUAACCCUAGAUAUUUACAGCCUUCUUUAUUUGCUAUUGAAAGACUUUUGGCUAUUUUCCAAGCUAUAUUCCCUAUUCAAGGUAAGGCGGAGAGUGGUUCCCUAUCUGCACUUCGUGAGGAAUCCUUAAUGAAAGCGAAUAUCGAGGUUUUUCAAAAUUUAUCCGAAUUGCAUACAUUGAAAUUAAUAGCUACAACCAUGAACAAGAAUAUCGACUAUUUGAGUCCUAAAGUCAGGUGGAAAGUAAACGUUCCCUGGGAAAUUAUUAAAGAAAUAUCAGAAUCUGUUCAUUUCAAUAUCAGCGAUUACUUCAGCGAUAUUCACGAAUGA